GGUGUUUCCUCAGCAUGACAUACUGCAGUAACUCGGACACGUCCCUCACGCUGAUCCUGUCGCAGAGCUGAUCAUCAGGACGAGAGAGACGGGGCGUGUCCUCAUCCUGCAGACGUCACAGGGUUAGGGCUCAUGGGCCUGAACAGACCUACACAGCCGAGCUCAGAGCACCAGAACCGGAAGUGACGCAGUGCGGAAGUGGAGCGUUUAAACCCUUCCCCGGGACUCCGGGUGUGUUACAGCUAUGCGGCGGUGAGAUUAAAAUAUUUAUUAUAUAUUUAAGAAUUACGAAGAGCCACGACUGAGACUGGACACCAUGUCAACAAAGAAACUGGCCAAGGAGCUGGGGCUUAUCAGGAAGCGCACUCCAUCCUCCAGCUCACUUUCACACACAUCUGCUUCAAAUCAGCUGUUCUCAUAUCUGAUCGUCAUUGACUUUGAGUCAACGUGCUGGAGGGAGAAGAACAAUCAUGGACAGGAGAUCAUCGAGUUCCCCGCUGUACUGAUGAACACACACACCGGACAGAUAGAGUCUGAGUUCCACUCGUACGUCCAGCCGCAGGAACACCCGGUUCUCUCCUCCUUCUGUACAGAACUCACCGGCAUUACACAGGAGCAGGUGGAGGCGGGGCUUCCUCUGCACAUCUGCCUGUCCCGGUUUACACGCUGGCUUCACACACUGCAGCAGGAAAGAGACGUGGUGUUCCCGAGAGAUUACACACAGACACACCCCGCUGUGUCGGGGAAACCCUGUGCCUUCCUCACCUGGUCAGAUUGGGAUCUCGGUGUGUGUUUGCAGUACGAGUGUAAACGCAAGCAGAUCUCUAAACCUGAGGUUCUGAAUAGCUGGAUUGACCUUCGAGCUACAUACAGGAUUUUCUACUACCGCAAACCCAAAGGCCUUAAUGGAGCCCUGCAGGACCUGGGCAUCGAGUUCUCUGGGCGAGAACACUCCGGUCUGGACGAUGCCCGGAACACGGCUCGAUUGGCCUGGCGCAUGAUCAGAGACGGCUACAUGAUGAAAAUAACUAAAUCUCUGAGCAGGGCACCGCUGAAGUCUGGAGCGCCGGUGCGAGGUGUGUGUGCUGAAGGACGUGUGUGUAACAAGUGGGAAGAGAAGCAGCCGACACACACCGGCGACACACACACAGGGUUACACGCUGUGACAUCAUCACACACGAGUGUGUGUCAGAGUCUGGUGUCCCUGCACACCGUCCUGUCCUCCAUCACCACCCCGCUGCACACACUGACCGUCACACACGCGUCACGCCCGGACACACCCCUUACACAUGGGUCAUGCCUGGACACGCCAGUGUCUGAUUGGCCGGAGGACUUUGUGUUGACGGAAUUCGGGGAGUCUGGUUCCUAUGACGACGUGAUAGAGGACUUCUCUGAAAACGUGCCCCAUGACUCCGCCUCUCAUGUGUGUAAGACAAAGCCACGCCCACUUAACUCCAACCCCCCUUGUUCAAAUAAAGACCCAAUCAGAUCUCUGAAAGGAUUCGGCACAAGGACAACUCCCACAAUCCCUUUCUCCAUUUACAAUGACCAAUCACAUCAGUCCUCCUCCUCCUCCUCCUCCUCCUCCUCCUGUUCAGUGUUUCAUGCUCCUUCCUCCGAUCUGUCAUCAACAGUCAACCAAUCAGCUCGGCCCGCCGUCGCCGUCAACCAAUCAGCUUGCUCCUCUAUCCCUAUAAACCAGUCAAAACUCUCCUCUGUCUCUGUUAACCAAUCUGCUUGCUCCUAUUAUUCUAUCAACCAAUCACACAAUUCCAUCUCUCCCAACCAAUCAGCUCUCUCAUAUAUCUCCGUGAACCAAUCCGCUCAUUCCUCCUUUUCUAUCAACCAAACCCGACCUUCUUGCUCUGUUAACCAAUCAUCACUCUCCUCCUCCUCUAAGCAGUUGCCCCUCCCACCUCCAAGGGGUGGGCUUAAGAUCACGGCUCCGCUGUGUGAUUGUGGGCGGCGGUCAAGGAGGUUGACUGUGUGUAAUGGCGGACCGAACCAUGGCCGGGCCUUCUACACCUGUGCGGGGAGGAGGAGCUCAGGCCCCGCCCCUCGCGACUCCACCCAUCCAGGCUCCACCAAUCGUAUAAAUGGGUGUGGCUUCUUUAAGUGGGAGUCGGCACUGAUUAAGUCCUCAGCUGUCAGCAGAAACACUUCAGCGCUGGGCUCCAACCUGAGUACAGCGGCUUCCAGAAACUUCCGAUGACUUCCUGUCUGUCUCAUCCUAAACCUGUCUGUCUCUCACCCUAAACCUGUCUCACUCACUCCAAACCUGUCUGUCUGUCCCACCCUAAAUCUGUUUCAAUCACAGAACUGCCUCUCACCCUAAACCUGUCUCACCCUAAACCUGUCUGUCUCUCACCUAAACCUGUCUCACUCACUCCAAACCUGUCUGUCUGUCCCACCCUAAAUCUGUUUCAAUCACAGAACUGCCUCUCACCCUAAACCUGUCUCACCCUAAACCUGUCUGUCUCUCACCUAAACCUGUCUCACUCACUCCAAACCUGUCUGUCUGUCCCACCCUAAAUCUGUUUCAAUCACAGAACUGUCUCUCACCCUAAACCUGUCUCACCCUAAACCUGUCUGUCUCUCACCUAAACCUGUCUCACUCACUCCAAACCUGUCUGUCUGUCCCACCCUAAAUCUGUUUCAAUCACAGAACUGUCUCUCACCCUAAACCUGUCUGUCUCUCACCUAAACCUGUUUCACUCACUUCAAACCUGUCUGUCCCACCCUAAAUCUGUCUCACUCACAGAAUUGUCUCUCACUCCAAACCUGUCUGUCUCACUCACUCUAAACCUGUCUCUCUCUCUACCUGUCUCACUGAAUCAGGUGAUUUCUGUGUGUGAAAUGUGAGAAAAUGUUCCUCUAUACAUUCGCUAUAGGCAGCUGUGUGUGUGUGUGUGUGUGUGUGUGUGUGUGUGUGUAACAUCAGAAACAGUUUACAGAGUUUGUUAAAUGUAAAAUCAUGAAUUUUUAUAACUGUUUAUUUUACUUUUUUAUUUUUUAAUAAUAUUUUUGUGAUCAUUUGGAAUGAGAUGUAAAUUUAUUUUGUGUAGUCAUCAGUUUCUGCUCUAAUCACUCAAAUGAAAAUCUAAUAAUAAUGUACAUGAAUACUUUGUUUUCUUUUUUAUGAAUUUUUUAUUAACAUUCUGAGUAUUUGCUCAUUCAUGUUCACUUUCGGUUAUUUUUAUAUUUUAUAGAUUUUAUAUUUUAAAUUGUAAAUGUUAAACUUGCGGUAAAUUGCCUUAAAGGUGUCUGUAUUUUCAGUGUUGUGUGUGUGAUGAAUUAAAAUGUUUUGUAAUUGUUAUAUAUUUGGAUUAUUUUUAUUGUAAAUGACCUUAAAUUUAAUAAAAUUCAGAUUUACA